AUGGCAAAAAUCCGGAACGCUUAUGUAGACAUGUACGAGUCCUUGCCAGUUCCAUUUGGUCUGGUUCGCCAUGGUGUUGCCCCUGAUCAUCCCGAGAACUGUCAAGACAAAUUCGACGAGGUUGCAUCUUCCCCAAAAUUCAGAUUCAUUGGAAAUGUCUCUGUAGGUCUAUCUGGCAAUACCAAGGAGCAAGGCGUUGUGAAGUUGACAUCUUUGAUGCGCCACUACGAUUCCGUACUAUUGGCAUAUGGAGCAUCCGAGGACAAGAAGCUGGGAAUACCAGGCGAGUCCACGCUGGAAGGUAUUUACUCGGCUCGCCAAUUUGUGGGCUGGUACAACGGUUUGCCUGAAUGUUCGACACUUGACCCUGCGCUGGUAAAUGCUCAAGAGGCUGUAAUUAUUGGGCAGGGUAAUGUCGCUCUUGACGUGGCUAGGAUUCUCUUGGAAAAUGUAGAUGUCCUCAGGAAAACCGACAUCACUGAGUCCGCCCUUGAGAAAUUGUCUCAAAGCAGAAUAAAGAGAGUACACGUCGUUGGCAGACGAGGACCGGUGCAGGCUGCAUUUACAAUAAAGGAAGUUCGUGAACUAAUGAAGCUAUCUGAAGUGGCAUUCCAGCCUGUUGAUCGAUCUUUGAUACCGACCGACCUUAAAAGUCUGCCACGAGCAACUAAACGUCUGAUGGAGGUCAUCUUAAAGGGUUCAGAAACCCCAUCGGAGAAUGCGUCAAAACUAUGGUCGCUUGACAGUUGUCUUUCUCCCAGGCAUUUUUUGGGACACAAUGACGCUCCCACCAAGGUCGCCAGCACCGAGUUCAAUGUCAUGACCUUAUCUGACGCCUUCGAUCCUUCGUCUACGACAAUGGCAACUGGUCAAACGUUACAAGUGCCUUCGGAUAUUGUCUUCCGGUCAGUAGGAUACAAAUCCAUUGCGCUUCCCGAAUUCGGCGACUUGGGCAUUCAAUUUGACGAGUCGCGCGGAAUUGUAAGAAACGAUGGCCUAGGUCGGGUAAACCAGGCUUUGGCCAAAGACGGGAAAAGUACUGUUAUGCGGCAAGUUCCAGGUGUAUAUUGUGCGGGCUGGGUUAAAAGAGGGCCAACCGGCGUUAUAGCUUCGACUAUGCAGGAUGCCUUUAUCACUGGAGAGGCAAUCAUACAAGAUUGGAUUUCCGGCGCCGAGUUUCUUCAAUCAAGGGAAAACACAGCUUCGCUGGGAUGGGUUGGUGUACAGGAAGAGAUGGUAGAGGGUACAGAACGUGCAGUAUCAUGGGACCAGUGGCUACAAAUAGACAAGGCUGAGAAACAGACGGGGAAAGCGCUUGGUAAAGCUAGAGCAAAGUUUACGAGCACUCAAGACAUGCUUGCUACCAUUGUGCGAUGA